AGCUGUGCCGACGUUUUAACGGAAGAUUCAAGGCAUAACAGAACAUGUAAACUAUAUUGUUUUACAAUUACCAGAAAAUCCGACACUGGCAUGCUGCAUUGGUACGAAGACGGCAGUCGACGGGUGAACGCAUGGAAUGCGGUGGAUGUGGUGGGGAUGAUGGACUGCUGCAGCGCGGUCACGUGAUUGACCUACAGGAAAGCGUGGCUGCCUUGCUAAAACGGGACUACUGUACGGACUUUUUGGAUGCAAUUUCACAAAAAAAGAACAAGAAGUUCUAUGAUAAUCCGCAUACAUUUGGAGCUUAUCGUACAUUUCUUGCCGACACCAAAAGAUUUGGUUCUGUCAUUGCUGACGAAAUAGCGGGAACACUCGGUACACUAACACUGGCAGAGGAAAACGCAGCAAGCCUGAUGAACAAAGUCUGGGGAGGACAAAGCUUAAAUGUGUCCUAUAAAACAGCAGGAUCGUUGAAGCUGCCUCGCAGUUCAUCUGCGUUUUUCGGUAGUUUGCAUCCGCAUCCGUUCUGCAGUAUUCUAAAAUCUUGGACAGCCGGAAACGGGUUGGAAGACCGGUUGCUGGUCACUGCAGUUGAUAAUAUCGUAACUGAUAUUCCGGAAAGCAGAGAAGCAAAACAGCGUCUGCCAAAGCCGGUGGUUGACUUGAAAAAAAUGUUUAUCAAAAUGCAUGAAUAUUUCGACAAACAUCCUGGUUUAUUACUCACUUAUUCGGAAGAAGCUUUCGAAUUUAUUGCGAAAAUAUCUUCGGACGCUAAGCGAAUGCGUAUUCUACACAACCAGAAAAUUUCCAACGGUGAGUCAUCUAUGGAUAGAUCGGAUUUUGUUUCGAAGUUGGAGGACAAUAUUCAAAAAGUUUCAAUGCUGUCACACAUAUUAAGCUCCUCUUAUCAGAGUAUGCUUACUAUCAAAGCAAUCAGUAUUCCGGAUAAAGUACCUUUGGAAACAGUGCAAAAGUCAUACAAGUUUGCUGAUAUCAGCGGAGGUGCCUUCAGUGAAUACGAGAACAUCCGGCCUGCAACGUCUGUCAAACCCACAAACUUCUCACUUGCUCUUACACCGGGCGAAUUUAUAACAUGUCGUAUAUGUAAUGACACAUAUGGAUCGAGAAAAGCAUUUGUGAGGCUGACAGAAACCGAGUUUUCUGAUGCGGCGCUACAAAUGCAAGAGGUCGGCCUGGGCAUUAUAAAAAGUUUUGUUAUGUUCAGCGGUAAAGAAGGAAACGUUCUGUAUAAAUGCCCCCCUGUUGAAAUUGACAAGCAGAUAUUGAUCGCUGCCGGGUUGAUUUUCACUGUGUACGAAAGUGCCUACAACGCGGACUUUGCAUUACCUCCAUCCAAGAAACGGGAACUCUCAGAAAUAAUUGACCAAAUGAAAAGUCAAAAUCCUUAUAAGCGCUUAGCUUCACCUGAACGCGGGACCAAACGAGUAGCGCCCGACGAUGAAUAUCCAAUGGGAGUAAACAUCUAUUAA